GGGAAUGACAGUGACCUCUGGGAGCGUCACCAUUAAAAAGGACUCCAACAAUUUAAUCGGCAUUAGCAUCGGGGGUGGAUCUCCUCUAUGUCCGUGCCUGUACAUUGUUCAGAUAUUCGAUAAUACCGCGGCCUGCCGAGAUGGGACACUCCAAUCUGGUGAUGAAUUGGUUUCCGUCAACGGUCAGUCUGUCAAAGGAAAAACUAAAGUAGAGGUGGCCAAGAUGAUUCAAGCAGCUAAGGAUGAAGUGAUUAUCAACUACAACAAACUUCAUGCUGAUCCCCAACAAGGAAAAAGUCUGGAUAUCGUCUUGAAGAAAAUGAAACACCGGUUGGUAGAGAAUAUGAGCUCAUCCACAGCAGAUGCCUUGGGCCUUUCUAGGGCCAUUUUAUGUAACGACACUCUGGUGAAGAAAAUGCAGGAGUUGCAAGACACUGAGCUCAUGUAUCGUGGAUUAGUCGAUCACUGCAAGAGAGUUCUACAGGCUCAUAUGGAACUUCUUCAAGCAGUGAAAGCAAUGGGGGAUGUUUUUGCUGGACUCGCAGUCAGAGAACCACAACCGAGGGCGAGUGAAGCUUUUCGACUUUUUGGGGAGCAGCAUAGGACUAUGGAAAAGUAUGGAAUUGACAUGGUGAAGAAAGUCAAACCAGUUCUGUCCGAUAUGGGAACAUAUCUCUACAAAGCUAUACCAGACACAAGAUUAACCGUGAAAAAAUAUGCAGACGCCAAAUUCGAAUAUUUAGCAUACUGUUUGAAAGUAAAGGAAAUGGAUGACGAGGAAUGUAGCUAUGCUUCUCUACAGGAACCAUUAUAUAGGGUCGAAACGGGAAAUUAUGAAUAUAGAAAUGGCAAAAUCUUCAAAAGCGUGGCAAUGCUUAAAAUUGCUAUAUUUUGCGAUCACGAAUCGGAUGAACAGGAGGUAGAAGAAGGUGAGGAUCUGAUCGAACAUGGAAACAAUCACCUCAUCUGCAACUUGGAAACAUUUAAGGAUACAAACAUUGAAUCCGAAGAUGUGUUGAUUCCAGAUCUUCAAACUAAUAAUCAGUUGGAACCCGAUUAUAAUGAAAUGGAUAACCUCACCCUUUUAUCUUCAUUAUGUCUUCAGGAAAGUCCCCAAAAUAGACCGCUUUUACCUGACUUGGAUUAAACAUAUAUUCUUUGUUAUAUUUAUAUAAGUUAACUCCAUGAUGUGUAUUACAAAAAUUAAAUCUAGCAAUUUUCGAAUCCAACAACUGUAAGUGGAUUAUUGUAUGUUUGAAAAAAAUACUGUUCAUUCAAAUAUACAUGGAAAAUUCAGAAAUUUUCAUAAUAAUAGAUAGUUAUAAUCGAACUA